CUGUGAUUUCAUGUGCGGCCUCGGGGCGGACAGGAAACAGGCUUCUUCUCUCGGACGAGCAGUGUGGACCCCUCGACUGAGAGGCGGAGAGAAGCAAGGAGGAGGAGGGAGGGGGCUGUGAUGUGGAACGAAAACCGCGUCAGAGCAACCUAAAGAAGGUUAAAAAGGAAGGAAUGGGCGUUGGUCUCCGUCCCGUCCACUCGACCAAAAAUGCCCUCCUCCCCUUCUCGCACUCUCCUUCCGUCUCCCCCCUUAUUCCUGGGCAGAGAACAUAAAAUAUGUGAAAGAAACGACUUACAAGACAGAGGCGAAUAAAAAGAAAGAAAGCCACCCGUGAAUCUCUGUUUGCAUCUAUAUGAUCCAUCGACGACGACAGCGACGAUUCGGAAGGUGGAGGUCUGGAGGAGGAGGAGGAGGAGGAGAGGGUAAAGAAGAGGAAGGAGAGACAAGAUGAUGGGAGAUGGCGGGGUAAAGCAGAUCCUGGCCAAGCCGAUUCAGCUGGCGGACCAGGUGAGUAAAUGGGCGGACGACGCCCACUCGUUCAAGCAGGACUGCGCGGAGCUGAAGGCCAAAACGGAGCGCCUGGCGGGGCUGCUGCGGCAGGCCGCUCGCGCGGAUCUCUACGAACGCCCCACCCGCCGCAUCAUGGACGACACGGAGCAGGUCCUGGACAAGGCCCUCGCCCUCGUCGAGAAGUGCCGCGCCCAUGGCCUUGUCCGCCGCCUCUUCACCAUCAUCCCCGCCACCGCGUUCAAGAAGAUGUCCACCCAGCUCGACAACUCCAUCGGCGACGUCUCCUGGCUCAUCCGCGUCUCCUCCUCCUCUGGCUCCGACGACGGCGACUUCGACACCCACCUCGGCCUCCCCCCCAUCGCCCAGAACGAGCCCAUCCUCUUCCUCAUCUGGGAGCAGAUCGCCACCAUGCACACCGGCUCCCUCGACACCCGCGCCGACGCCGCCGCCAGCCUCGUCUCCCUCGCCCGCGACAAUGAUCGCUACGGCAAGCUCAUCAUAGAGGAGGACGGCGUUGGCCCCCUCCUCCGCCUCGUCAAGGAGGGCCGCCCCGAGGGCCAGGAGAGCGCCGCCCACGCCAUCGGCCUCCUCGCCCGCGACCCCGAGAGCGUCGAGCAGAUGGUCCUCGCCGGCGUCUGCUCCGUCUUCUCCAAGGUCCUCAAGGACGGCCCCAUGAAGGUCCAGGCCAUGGUCGCCUGGGCCGUCGCCGAGCUCGCCGCCAGCCACCCCAAGUGCCAGGACGUCUUCGCCCAGAACCACGUCGUCCGCCUCCUCGUCAGCCACCUCGCCUUCGAGACCGUCCAGGAGCACAGCAAGUACACCGUCCCCUCCAAGGGCAUCUCCAUCCACUCCGUCGUCUUGGCCAACAACAGCACCAACACGACCGCCAACGCCGCGGCGGCGAUGGCCCUCGACAACGGCGCCGAGCAGGCCCUGGUCAAGCAUCCGAACACGAUCACAGACCAGAACGCGAGCAAGAACCAGAUGCACUCCGUGAUCGAGUCCACUAUGGCCGCCAAAUCCAGUAAAACCCCGGCCAACACCAAAGGCCACACGAACCCCCACGUCGCCGGCAGCAACGGCAAGCAGCAAAAGGUGCCUCUCUCCGGAGCCAGCAUCAAGGGGCGGGAGUUCGAGGACCCGGCCACCAAAGCCUACAUGAAAGCCAUGGCCGCGAAGGCCCUGUGGCAGCUCGCCAAGGGCAAUCCCUCCGUCUGCAAUAGCAUCACCGAGUCCCGGGCCCUCCUCUGCUUCGCGGUGCUCCUCGAGAAAGGGGCGGAAGAGGUCCAGUACUAUUCCGCCAUGGCCCUGAUGGACAUCGCGCGCGUGGCGGAGCAGCAUUCGGAUCUCAGGCGGUCCGCGUUCAAGCCGAGUUCGCCGGCGGCGCGGGCGGUGGUCGACCAGCUUCUGAGGAUCGUAGAGAAGGCCGACUACGACGACCUCCUCGUCCCCUGCAUCGUCGCAUUAGGCAGCUUGUCGAGGACCUUCCGGGCGACGGAGACCCGGAUCAUAGCGCCGCUGGUUCGGUUGCUCGACGAGAGGGAAGCCAUCGUGUCCAAAGAGGCCGCGAUCGCCCUGACCAAGUUCGCCUGCACCGACAACUACCUCCACCUCGAUCACUCCAAGGCCAUCAUCAAUGCGGGAGGGGCGAAAGACCUGGUUCAGCUGGUGUAUUUUGGCGAACAGGCAGUGCAGGUGGCGGCAUUGAUCCUGCUGUGCUACAUCGCGCUGCAUGUGCCCGACAGCGAGGCGCUGGCCCAGGCCGAGGUCCUCACCGUGCUCGAGUGGUCUUCCAAGCAGGGGUACAUGGUUCAGGACCCGACCGUGGACACCUUGUUGCCGGAGGCAAAGGUGAGGCUGGAGCUGUACCAGUCGAGGAGUCGCAGAGGGUACCACUGAGAGUCCUCCACCACCCCACCCCACCCCACCCCAAAAAACACACCCCUUUCCGAGUCUCCGAUUGCCAGGAAUGUACAUACAUACAUACAUACAUACUUCUUCCGUAUGCAUCCUUAAAAAGGUUACGUUGCACGCCCAAAACACCAUUUUGUUCGUCUGAUUUGUGGAACGCGCGUGCUUGCUGAAUUCAUGAUGGCUUAAGUCUGGGAAAUUUUGGUAGAGUGGGAGCAGAUCAUUCGUAUUAGGUAUUCUCAACUUUAUUGAUUCUUUUUUAGUCUCUUUUGGUUCAUUUGCUUUGUUUUCGUGUGAAGAACACCGAAAUGGCCACUUUUCGGAAUUCCUCCCAUGACUCUGAAUUCUCCGUAUCCUUUCUCACCGGAUAUCUGAUCUGCGCCAGGAGAUAUCUGCAAGUUUCUAUUUGCUAUUCUCGUUCUUGUGGCCCGGCAUGAUUUAUGGUGGCCAUUGCCAACCAUUCAUAGUUUCUAAGAAUGGCAGCAGGUUGGAUUGAGCCAUCUAUUUUA